UGUAUCAGCUGUUGUAUUGGUCUUGUGUGAGUAUGUGUGUGUUCACAGGAACCACAGCGACUUGGACAGGGCCUCCGAGGGGGCCUUGUUGUCCAGAAUCUCCGACACCUUGCGAGCACACCUGACACACACACACACACAAUGAGCCAUCCAUCCCUCUCUCUCUCUCUCCGCCUACACUUCAGCAUAUUUGACGACGGAUGGGACACGGAUGGGCCCUCCCCAGUUCUGGUACAACAUGGAGAGCUGCAUCGUCAUGGUGUAGAGGCUGUCGGUCGAGAAACCUGCCGGAAGGAAGCAAACCAAAGCAAAGCAGCCCAGCCACACAUUCACGUCACGCACUUGGCUGGUUCGUGUAGCACGUGGGGUGCUGUGCGUGUCCGGGCCGGGCUGGGCUUACUCCAGUUGUCGCUGAGUGCCAUGACCUCAUACUUGGUCGGCGUCACAGUGCCUGCACAUUGGUAAGCAACACAACACAACACAACAAAGCCACGGACGGUCUGCCGGUCGGCACGCCCCUCUCUCUCUCUCUCUCUCUGUCUGUCCGUGUGUGUUUGUGUGGUGAGGUGCCCUGCGUGACGGCCUGGUGGCAGCAGAAGAAUACGAAGCGGUCGUCCUCAGUCACACCUGACAACACACACACACACAUGACAUGACAUGCAACAAGUGUCUGUCGCUGACCUUGGUCGAACAGAGUGAGCGGCGGCGGGUUGCCGAGGCCGCCGCCCCCGUCCCGGCCGCCCCCACGCCCGCCAGGGCCGCCACCACGGCCGCCACGACCGGGGGGCCCGCCGCCGCCACGACCUCCUCCUCCACCAGAUAUGGCAAAACUGACACACACACGACACGGAUACACACAGACGAGUAGGUGCGUUCAAGGCCGGGGCUUGGGUUUGGUCUGUUGUGGAUUGGAUUGUGCCGACAUACCGCUGGUUGAUGUUUUUUUUGACUGUGAUGUAGGCGACUUCGGGGCUGAGGUCAGCACUGACCUGCUUGAGCCCUCGUAGAUGCUCGGCACCUCGGCCUCGAGCGCCGCGGCCUUCUGGCCGUCACCCAGACCACAACUGAUCGGUGCACACACACAGAUACACACACACACACACACAGAGAGAGAGAGAGAGAGGGCGUCCAAUCAGCCACACGGAGCGAGAGAGAGAGAGAGAUGUACCGGUAGAUGAUGAUACGCGUCGGGGGUCGUCCGAGGUUCUGCGCGAAGGCGAAUGCAGCGUCUGCACCAGGGUCAGGCAGGCAGGCCCCCCCCCGACACACCCACACACACACCAUGCCAUGCAGCCACACACGGCCUUUGUAGGUGUGGUAGGUACCUUUGAUAAAUGUGCCGAUUCCAGUGAUGAUCUCGGUCUCGAUGCCGUCCUUGAUGUUGGUGCGCGUGUAGUGCUCGAGAAACAGCCGGUCCUGCGUCGCCGCGCACACGAACACCGUCUUGCCUGACACACACACACACACACACACAUGACCAUGGCCAUGUGUGUGUGUGUGUGUGUGCGGUAGCUAUACCCUUGGCCUUCUUGGCAUCGACACCGACAACCAUCACAGGCUACACGCACACACACAAAGGCAGGCCCCCACCCCAGCAAUGGCUCGACAGGUGAAUGGUGUGUGUCAGCCGCCCGCCCGACCUUGUCAUGCAGACGCUUGACAUUCAGAGCCCACGCAGCGCCACCCAUCUGCACACACACACACAUGGAUGGAUGGAUGGAUGGAUGGCGCAAGGGCAAGGGCGUGUGUGUGCCUUGUGUGUGUGGCCGCCCACCUUGACGUUCAUCUGUGCGAUGAGUUUGACUACGGCCGAGCCCCACUUGCGCUCAUCGUUGAUCGUCUUGGACUGCACAAACUGCACACACACCACAGCCACCACAGCAUUCAAAGCAACAACAAAUAUGUGUGUGUCAUGUGUGUGCCUGUCUGUCUCUGUGUGUGCCCGAGAAGUGUGUGUAUGUGUGUGUGUGUGUGUGUGUGGCGAGGUAUCCCAACCUGAGAAGCUACGGGGGUGAGGUCGUUGCUGUGGACGGAGAGCCGCUCCUUCAUCUUGCUGUACACCCUGGACGCCACGUCAGGCUUGCUGCGUCACACACACGCACUCCCUCACUCUCUCUCUCUCUCUCUGUGUGUGUGUCUCCCCCCCCUCUCUCUACGUCUGUCUGUGUGAGGGAGUGGUGGGUGGUUGUUUGUUUACCCUGGUAGGAUGACACAGACGAUGACACUGUUGCCGUUCUCUUUCGCACCACGCUGCUGCUGCUCGAUCAUGCCGUUGAGGUACUUCCAGAAGCCGCCCUCCUCCAGAGCGCCACGCCAGCCGCCCUUGUCCUUGGGGAUACCUGAUGCCAUGCACACAUAAGAUAGAUAGGUGGCGUCCGUCGUCGUCUCUCUGUGUCUGGUCGUUCGUUGCGUGUGCGUGUCGUGGUGCGGUGUGGGUGGGGUGGGUGUAGGUACCGAGAUAUGCAGGCUCAGCGAUGGGCAUGCCGAACUCUGGGCAAGGCAGGGAAGGGCACAGACACACGACGUACACACAUCAUGAUGUCGAUCCAUCCAUUUGGGCGGUGUGUUUGUGUGUGUGUGUGUGUGUGUGUACUUUGGCAGGUGCUUCGGAGGCUGUCGAGGAGUUUGUAGGAGUCCUGCCCGCUCGUCGCCUCGUCAUACACCAUGAUCCAGUUCGUCAGCCCAACCUACACACACACAUAAACACCAAGUGGGUGUGUGUAUGUGUGUUUUCCCUCCCAGGUGCACCGGACCGGUUUGACGAGCGAGUCGACGUUGAAGUUGGCGUUGUCUGGCUUGAGUGUCUUGCCGCGCAGGUUGGGGUCGCUCUUGGUCGGCCUCUCCUUCCCCAGGGGCUCGAACUCAUUGGGACGGGUGUAGAAGUUGAAGUUCGUCGCACCGUCCCCAAUGGCCAACUGACGGCCUAAACACACACACACACACACACAGAGAGAGAGAGAGAGAAACGAGAGAGGGAGGGUGGGAGGGGGACAAACAGUGUGGCUGUGCUCUGUGUGUGGGUCGUCGGCUUACCGCUGACUACUUUGCGGUCGUUGCUGAUACUGAUGCCGUACUUGGCCAACACCUCUGCACACACACACACACCGACAGAGCCACACACACCGACAGAGCCACACACACACCACACAGCAUAGCACAGCACAGAUGAAUGGAUGGAGGCACCGCAGCAUCCCCCACCCUCCCAGCCACCCACCUUUUGCGUCUCUGUUGUUCUGCAGUAUGUGUGCCAGUUGCUGGCUCUUGUCGAGGCGCUCGCCGGGCAGCAUGCGGCAGUGGCGGCCCACCUCGUUGUUCAGGCGGAAGUCGCUGCGGAUCGACUCGUCCAAACCUGCACACAACACAAGGUGUGCAGGGGUGCAUUGAAGGGGUGAGUGAGUGAUGUGAUGUCAUGUGGUGAUGCGGUAUCAUGCUGGUUGGUGCCGGUGGCGGGCUCCACUCUACCUGUGAGCGUGACGGCCUGUGAGGGGAGAUGGAAGGUGCGGAUGACCUGCCACUCGCCGUCGAUUUUCUUCUUCUUGCUCGACACCACUGCACACACACAUCCACACACUCUCUCCCUCCCUCCCUCCAUCCCUCCCUCCCUGUGUCUGCACGUGUGUGUGGUGCGAUGUGUUGGUGGCUGGCUGGUCGCCCGCCUGCCUGCCCACCCAUUGGCUGGCCCGGUGUGAGUUGGAUGCCGUAGGUCUGCGAGAAGUAGUCGCCUAUCGUCCAGGUCUUGCCGCUGCGGUCGGUGAAGGUGCUCUUGGGCGACAUGUCGUAGUCAAUCUAUAGCACAUAGGUACCAUGCACACCCACACGCAGCCACCAUACCAUACACUCCUCUGGAUGAAUGGAUGGGUGGGUGUUGGGGUAAGUAAGCAACCUUGUCGAUGGCGUACAGCUUGCGCUCGCGGUUGUUAGCGGGACCGCUCGACUGCACAAACAGACAGACCAACACACACAAUCGCACGGGGUGCGGCGUGGCGUGUGUGUGGUGUGUACGUCCCCCCUACGUAGAGGGUGAUGAUGCGACGGCCGACAAACUCUUUGUUGAUGUAGUCGCUGAGCCCCGAUUUGGGGCCCUGCCAGCUGGACUGCACAGCAGGAAAAACAGGGAGGGCGAGAGGGAGAGAGGGAGGGAGGGAGGGAGGGAGCCAAAUCGACAGUGGCUGUGGUUGUGGUUGCCAGUACGUGUGUGGGCAUGUGGGGUGCGUGGGGUCACCGCUUUCUUCUUCAACGUUUCGAAGAGGUUCUCACUAUGUAGAAUGCGAUGCGUGCAGUCAAUCUGCACACACACACACACACACACACGCACAGAGAGAGAGAGAGAGAGAGAGUUAGCAUGACACCAGCCCAGCCCCACCCGACCCACCCCACCGCCCCAAGGGUACGUGCCUGGAAGUAGAGUUGGCCGCCGAGCUGGAGCAUGCUUGUGAAGUAGCCCGGCAGCAACUGCACACACCAACACACACACACGUUCGUUGGUCAAGUUGGCUGGUGGACUGUGGUGUGAUGCCGAAUUGGAUGUAUGUGUGUGGACCUGGAAGCGGUUGACGUUGAUGACGGCGCCGCGGUGCUCAGAGUUCUGCUCCAACAUCUCCGUGAGGAACGAGUGGCGCCCGAUGGACUGGAGCUGCACACCACCACACACACAUGAGGAUGACAUUGGGUGCGUGAGGGUGGGCUGGGCUGGUUUGGGUGUGGCUACCUACGUGAAGGUGUCCCAUGGCCUUUUUGAUGGCGCAGCUGAUGUACUGAACGUCCUCCUGGUCCAACUCGCCGCGCAUCACCUUGUCCUGAGCUGCACACACCACACCACACCACACCACAUCACAACACACCACAACACAGCACAGAACAGAAGAGGUAGUGGGUCCAUGUCCGUGUUGCCCGCGUCAUGUGUGUGGGUGUGGGGGUGUGUGGGUGUGCCGCCGCUCACUGAGGUCGAGGCGGUGUUUGCGCAGGAACACGAUCUUCUGCCCCUGGGCGUCACCCUGCACCCACACACACCACAACACAAUACAGCACACACAACACACAGUCCCACCAAUCUGUGUGGCAUGGUGCGGUGCAGUGCAGCGCAGCGCGGUACCGUGAGGCUGUCCACGGUCACACUGGCCGAUGGUUUCGACGGAUUCACUACGAACGUGUUCAUGCCCUGCAUACAACACAUCACCCCACACCACACCACACCACAUCACACCACACCACACACAAGGGGCUCGUGCGGUGCGCAUGCACGUGUGGUGGUGUUCACCUGGUAGAGUACCGCACUGCCCGCAGCGCCACCCAACGCCUCCAGUAUCUGCCACCACGUGCGCACACCGCCAGCGACACAACCGAUGCAAAUCCGCCCCAUCCCCCAUCCGCCAGCCAUCCUGCCUUCGCAUGCGCCCUCUCCCCGCCUCCCCGCACCUCCCUCACACCCUGACCUGGCUCCCACCCUCUCUCUCUCCCGCCCUGCGCGCGCCUAACUCCCGGUGUGUGGGCAUCUGGCCUCACCUGCUGCUCGUUGUGAUAGAUGAGCUUGCGCUGGCCGCCCACAUUCUCGACGUCGGGGUCGAACUGCGUGGAAUAGACCUGGACGGUGAGGCCUGGGGCAAGCCCGCACGGGAGAAGGUUCGUCUGGGCGGAAACCUCUGCGCCGAGGCUGGCGAAGGCGCCGUUCGGGCGACGCACCGCAGGCUCUGACCGCUCAUCGCUGCCUGCCGCCACAAACGACAAAAACGCCAAAGGACGAUCUGCGAGCUGCGGGCUUGGAGCUGCAAUGGGGCUUGUAAAUAGACCUCCUACCAACCAUUCAGAAGCGUCGGUGAUGCAUCUUGCGUCACAUAUAUGGGACAGACGAACAGGCACUCUGAGUGCCUGCAGAGACUCACUCACUCGUGGUAUUUAUGUAAGCCGCAGCCAGCAAAGGUACCGGACUCCUAUGUACACACCGCCACGCCCAUCUAUCUAAUAUCCCCUCUAGACAGACACCGGGCCGCAUCACUCACGCCACCAUCUGUCUGCCCCACGGCCCCCCCUCUCCCCCGCUCUCGAUAGACAUCCUGUCGCUGAACCGACCGACACUGCCUCGCAUCACGGUGCCCUGGGCAUCCGACGAAGGACCCUCCUCUCCCUGCCGCUCUGGCGACGGCUCCCUCUCCCCUGCGCCCUUGUCGCUGUCGAUCUGGAGGGCCCAUCCGUGGUGCAGGGGGGUGUCUGGUGGGAGGGUUGGCAGCGUCACCUCGAGCAGGUUGAUGGGUGUCCCGUCGCGAGAGAAGGACGACAGCCGGUGGGUCACGCUGCCCGAGUGACCCAGGAGGCUCACGCUUGACACAUCCAUGCCAACCUGACGCGACACAGACACAGACAGACAGACACGGACAUACACGACACGUGUUCCCAUAUCGCUCUUUGUCGCUCACGCACUUGUGGGGGUGCCUGCAAUCGCAGCACUGGCGGCACAUCAGUGGGCCAUGCGAAGAAGAUGGCAUAGAUGCGCGUCGGGAGGUCGCUCUUGGGCACCUGCGGAGGGGCCAUGGGGGACGGCGGGCUGCUGCUGCUGGGGGUGGGUGUGGGGGGGCUGGACUGCUGCUGCUGCUGCGGCAGCGGCGGCUGCUGAUGGGGUAGUGGGCAUUUCGUGCGUGAUGUGUAGAAGACGUCUGUCGUGAAGUUGUCCGUCUGGAUCAGCCAGGGGUAGGUGCCGUAGAUGGCCUCGCCGUUGAGACUCUGCACACACGCAAGAGGGAGGCACAUCGACGUGCCCGCGCCUGUCUGUCUGUCUGUGUGGGUGUGCGCGUAUGUUGUGUGGCUCACUCACGAGCCAGUGUCCCAUCUCGAGCAGCCGUUGCUGAAAGUAGAAGUCGAUUCGGCCGUCGGCUGUUGGGCCGAUGUUGAGCAGCAGGUUGCCGCCAUACGCCACGGUCGACGCCAGCUUGUAGAUCAACUCUGGUCGGUCGACAGAUACACAACAAACAGACAUGCAGUGGGAGGGAGGGGAUUGGGUGAUGAUGCAGAGUGCGCCAGGUUCCAUCCACCGAACCACAUGCACUAAUGUGUGUCGACACACCCUGUCUGUUGACUUGCCUUUAGUAGUGAGGAGGUCUUCCAUUUUCGCUUCUCGUCUGUACCCCCAGCUGUUCUUGUCGAGCGUCAUCGCAUUCUCCCCUGCAGCGCAGCAGAGACCAAUCCACCCACCCCACACAUCCCUCCAGUGAUGGGAUGGCUGUGUCACGUCACGUGCCAGCCAGUGUCACUCACGUACAUUUGUGGUCGAUGACGUGUCCGGGGUGGAACUUGUCGCUGCCCGUGUAGAAGCCGCCAUGCCGAUUGGUGGUGUCCGACGACCACCUGACCAUGUCAGCACACAACACACACACAGAUGGAUGGAUGGAUGGAUGGAUGUGGAGUGAGGCGUGAAUCGCCGGUUUGUUUGGUGGAUGUGGUUCUUCAUUCACCUGUCAUUGAUGACGACCUCUUCCCGGACGGGCGACUCAUUGUACAGCCACGCCACGAACUCACAGUUGCCCCAAUACUCCUCAGGCGCCUCCCACUGACCGUCGCCCCACACUAUGUGCGGCCUGAACAAACCAACCAACCAACCAACCACCACACUCAACUGCACAGGUACUGCCCCCGCGCGUCGGCAUGUGCAGACGCACCUACCUGUAUCUCUUGACCAGGUCAUAGAGCUGUGGGUGACUGACGUCCCGUGGGUAGUCGCGUGUGGCCUUGAAGGCCCCUGCCUUGUCGCCCAUGUAGAGGGGAUUGAACCACUCGAGAUGCGAGAAGUACAGACCGAAACGAAGACUCGUUCUGAGGGCACACAACACAGCGCACAUCGACGCCAUGGAUGGAUGCCCUGCUGGUAUUGUGGUGGUGUGUGCGUGUGUGUGUGUGUGUACCUAUUGCGCACUGCGUUCAUCAGGUCUUUGACGAGAUCCCGAUGCGGCCCGACGUCGACCGAGUUCCAGUUCCACGACUGAGCUGAGGGCCACAGCGUAUAGCCUGGAGGAAAACCAUCGCUCGUUAUAGCUGCGUGUGUCUGUCUGUCUGUCUGUGUUGUGUGUCUCUAUUCAUUCACCUUCGUGGUGUUUGCUGGUCAGCACGACAUACCUCGCCCCGCUCUUGGCCAAAAGGUCCGCCCAGCCAUUGGCAUCGAAGAACUCGGCACGGAACUGAGGCGCAAACUCGGCGUAGGUAAACCCUGCACACACAGAGAGAAAGGCAUGAUCAAUGGGGGAACGGGUAAGGGAGUGAUAUGUGUGUGCUGCUCGGUCGGUCGGACCUGGCGGAUAGUUCUUGGCCAUGAAGUCUUUGACGGCCUCGUUGUUCUCGACCUUCCAUCUGUGCCAGAACCACUCGGAGACGAAUGCUGGCACGCUGAAGACACCCUGCAUAUGUGAUUGAUGCAGACAUCGAUUGACACACGAGUCGCUGCUGCGUCCGUAUCGUAUGUGCAGAUAGAUCAGAUUCUCGUUCACUCACUCCCCCACCCAGUGGAUGAAGAUGCCAAACUAGACCCACGCAGGCAGAUAGAAACAGAAACAGGGCAGCACGGUCUGACUGAACCUUCGACACUUCUUGCUCUGCUCUGCUUGCUCACCUUAGCUUCAUCAUACCUGCACAAACACACACACACACACACAAAGCACCAACAGUCAAUCUGUCCCUGUGGCUGGCUGCCUGUCUGUCUGUCUGUCCGUCAGCUGUGCAGCGUUGUGGUGUGUUGUGUAGUGCUGACUGACUGACCACUGUGGGGGAGGUCGUUUGUCGAGGCUUUCCCAGCUUGGCUGGUAGCUGUAAGUCAGGUUCAUGCUGGCGCUCGGGCUCAUCCGCGACUCCAUUUCGGCAUCGUCACCGCCCGUCACGCCGCCUGGGGGAUUGGCAGCCGUCGGGCCAUGACCACUGGCGGCAUUGCUGAUAGAUGGACAGCAUGGGACGGACAGCAAAGUCACAGACAGAGAAAGCAAUGACACAAGCAACAGGCUGCAUGAGGGCAGCGGGUGAGGCAAGGCAAGGCAAGGAAGGCAAGGCAAGGAAGGCAAGCAAUAGCGGGGCUGCAUGCCAAAGUGUCCGUGUGUGUGCGUGUGUGCGUGUGUGUGUAUCGGUGCUCACCCGUUCAUGGCCACUGCGUGUAGGUGGAUGAAUGUGGCCUCCGCCCGCAGCGCCUCCCAGAUGAGUGAAGCAACACCCACUCAACCAAUCAAUGGGUUGGAGCAGCUUCUU